AUGGCACCAAUUUCUCUGCUGGAAAUUCCUGAUCUACCUAUGGAAACUAUCAUGAAAAAGUUGGAUUACACGACAAUCCAAUCCCUCCGCAAAACGUGCUGGAGCCUCCGGAACUUUAUCGACGAAAAAAAAACAGGAGAAGAAUGCUUGAAUCGAAUAGAGCUAAUCCAAAAAUUUGAUAAGAUUCACUUGAUCCUCCGUAGCUCUGUUGAUUGGGAGCUUUAUCCUAAAGGUCCUGCCAUCUUUUUGACAUUUGAAACUGUGGUAAACGGUGGUUUGAAGAUUUACUGGCAAAGAAGCGACGGGAUUCGAGAGAAGAUUGUGGAAAACAUGGAUUACAUGGAUGGAUCACUGAAAGAUUUCGAAAUCGCUUUGAAUAAUUGUAAAUCGGAAUUUGACACUAUUCACGUUUCAACUACAAACGACAACAAAUUUCUUGAAAAAAUCUCAAAAAUUCUGAAUUCUCGAAAGCCAAUACCUACCAAACAUCUAGAAAUCACUACACAUUGUCAAGCUCAGGCACAGAACAUUUUGAAGUACAUCGACUCAAAAUGUUUGAAAUCAAUCUAUAUCACUCUGGCUCAAAAUAAUAUCGUAACUAAAGAAGAGGCUGAUUUAGAGGGAGCGGCUCAUUUCGCGUUGCUCUGUAUUCCAUUGGAAAUCAUUGAUGUGGCUACGUUGAGAGCCUUGAAAAAGCUAUUCCUGGAAUCCGGAGAUGACAAAAAGUACUUUAUCAGGCAUGGUGGGGACUUGAAAAAAGAAAUUUUCAUCGAAGCGUUUGGGCCGGCAGUCGAGUCGGACACUUGGUACUUCAAAGGGUUUUCUGAGAAAGUUCUGCAAAUUUAUUUUGAUUUUCACUUCUUUAAUUUAUGUUUUGUGGAGAAAGCCGGGGUUCCGAACGGUGCUGUGAUUGUUGAUUGA